CGUUCUCCUCUCGUCUCCACCUUCCCCACGACCACGAGUCCCACGGGCACGGCCAACCAAUCUCUGCUCUCUAUCUCUCUCUCUCUCUUCUCCGCGUCUUUAAAUCCGAGACUAUUUUUUUUUGUUCGCGUCCUCCUCCGCCCUCAACCGUAGCCGCCUCGCUGUCCCGACCGCCGACACCCCCUGCUCGCCGUUGCUGCAGCCGCGCAGGCGAUGGAUCGUGAAGAAGGUAAAGCAGCGCCCGCUCGGACCUCGCCGAAUUUGGGAGCGAUUCUGGCUAACCUGGGGCCUGGUUGCCAUUGGUGUGCAGUGACCGAGUUCCUGGGGCAGGUGCCCCUCCUGCAGUGCCUCCCGGGUUCCUCCAUCCGCAGAAUCGCCGAGGCCGUCGAGAUCAGGAACUACGAGCCUGGUGACUAUGUCGCUCGUGACGGUGAACCUGUUGAUGGCCUUUACAUAAUAUUGGAUGGUCAGGCUGAAGUUUCUGCACCUGCAAAUGCUGAAGAAGCGAACCGCCCAGACUAUGUGUUAAAUAAAUACGACUACUUUGGUUACGGAACUAAUAGUUCUGUUCAUCAAGUAAAUGUUGUUGCACUAUCAAAGCUGACCUGCUUCAUAUUGCCCAAUCAACAUGGACAUUUGUUACAACCAAAAACAAUUUGGAAUGCGGAGGAAACACCUGAACAUUCUUUGCUGGAACAAAUUUUGCACUUAGAACCACUGGAGGUAGAUAUCUUCCGUGGGUUUACUUUGCCAGAAGCUCCAACUUUUAGGCAAGUUUUUGGAGGACAAUUCAUUGGACAGGCACUAGCAGCAGCAUCCAAGACUGUUGAUUGUCUAAAAAUGGUGCACAGUUUGCAUGCGAUUUUUCUUGUUGCUGGAGACAAUAACAUACCAAUAAUAUAUCAAGUUCAUCGGGCACGUGAUGGAUCCAGCUUUGCCACAAGAAAAGUGGAGGCAAAGCAGAAGGGACUAGUUGUAUUCACCUUGAUUGCUUCUUUCCAGAAGGAAGAAGUGGGUUUUGAGCAUCAGGCUGCAAUCAUGCCUGAUGUUCCUCCUCCAGAACAGCUCCUUAAUCUGGAGGAGAUACGAGAAAGACGGCUUACUGAUCCUCGCUUCCCAUCCCAAUAUAGGAACUUGGCAGCUAAAAAGAAGUUUACUCCUUGGCCCAUAGAAAUGAGAUUCUGUGAAGAUUCAGCAUCUCAACAUAAACCAAGCUUAAACUACUGGUUUAGAGCUCGGGGAAAACUUUCAGAUGACCAAGCUCUACAUAGAUGUGUUGUAGCAUAUGCUUCGGACCUACUAUAUUCUGGUGUGAGCCUUAACCCUCAUCGGGAGAAGGGUUUGAAGACAUACUCGCUCAGUCUUGAUCAUUCCAUCUGGUUCCACAAACCUGUGAAGGCUGACGAAUGGUUGCUGUAUGUGAUCGAGAGCCCAUCUGCACACGGUGGUCGGGGUUUCGUCACUGGACGCAUGUUCAACAGGCAAGGAGAGCUUAUCAUGUCGCUAACCCAAGAGGCGUUGAUUAGAAAGGAGAAGCCACGAGGACGAAAUCUGAGGCCGAAGCUUUGAGAGAUGCACCAUCCUUUCUUCUAAUUUGGUUUAAAUAUUUAUGAAUUCACAAGCAAAAAUGUACAAUCAGUGGUGGAGCAGCUUUAUCGAAAACCUGGAGUUCCUAGAGGACCCUUUAGGUGUUCUCUUAGCUCUAUUUUUUUUCCCCUAGAGCAGAGUUUGUAGAGCUGCACCUAUUUAGCUGAAAAAUAUGGAGCGGUACAGUCAAACACGCCCUUAGUGCUUGCACCAUUCUCUUUCUGGAGUAUAAUACGUGGUUGAUACGAAAAGGGGGGAAGGAAAACAAUAUUUGGUUGUGCAAUAUAUAUGCUCAAGACAUGUGUAGUAGCAGUCUUAGCUAACUUUCAGUGAAUCAAUAGUGCCAAGAAACGUCUCAUUUUA